AUGAAUGGGAGGACAGUAGGGGCCCCGAGCGGGAAUGGGUCGCCCGCUUUCCUUUUGCCUUCGUAUGGCCCUCCCGAUACGUCUGCAGCCGCGGCAGGCACCGCUGUGUCCGCCACUGCAGCAGCAUCCGAGCUUUCACGCAUAAUAGAGAGGUCAGCGGCGCUUGGAAUGCCGGAAGAAAUCUCGUUAGACCCGUCUUGGCCCGCAUUAUCUGUGCGCCUGCACGCCCAGUACCUCUUGGGCUUGGGCGCCGAUCCGUUCACCCUUGAGGCCUUCUUCGGCGUUUCUCUAAAAAUGGGCGCUGCCUACUGGGCCUCCAAUGCUCUAUGGCUGCUUGGACUUCGCAGCGAAAAGACGAAACGUCUGUUGCACCAGUCUGCAGCCGCCUGCAACCGCAGCAGCCCCUGCCCCUCUCCACAAGAAGUAAAGUGCCACGACUAUAGUACCACCAAUAGCAGAAUGGGGAGCGACAAUAAGGAAUGUUGCUGCGCUUGCAGCAACAAUGAAGGUAACAGCAAUAAUGAAGGCAGCAGCAACAAUGAAGGCAACAGCACCACCAGUGCAAAAGGGAGCGGCGAUAGCAGCUCAGAACGUGCUUCAGUUCCGUCUCUGGAUUAUUUAUUGGAGUCUCGGGAGGACGCAGUAUGCGAAUUUGUGUUGAGUUGCUUGUGUCCGUGUGGCGGCUUCAGCUCCGAUGUGCAACAGGAGGCGAAUCUGCCGUCUACGCACUACGCGUUGCUGUUGUUACUGGGAUUAGGUCGCCUGCAUUUGUUGCCUUCCCCUGCAAAUACAGCAGCUUGGGUGCGAAGCUUGCAGCUUCCAAGUGGCGGUUUCAUGGCUGAUGCGUGGGGGGAAGCCGACAGCCGCUUUGUAUACUGCGGCGUAGCGAGUUUGGCGCUGCUGGGGGAGCUUCGAGCAGAAGAGGCGAGCGCCGCCGUGCGGUUUGUGCAGCAGCUCAUGAAUGAAGAUGGAGGUUUUGGCUGGGUGCCUGGAGGGGAGUCGCACGCUGCUUCUGCUUUUUGCUGCUUGGCGGCACUUGACCUGUGCGGAGGGCUGUGGGCAGUCGACCGGCAGCGGACGGCGCAGUGGCUGCUGAACCGCCAAACCCGUGGAGGAGGAUUCAACGGACGACCCGAGAAGGCACCCGAUGUUUGUUAUUCCUUUUGGAUAUUUGCGGCUCUGCAGGUGCUGGGCUACGAGCAGUGGGUGGACAGCCGCAGCCUAAGUGAAUUUAUUCUGCUGGCCCAAGACCUAACAACUGGCGGUUUUGCCGAUCGCCCUGGAGACAUCGCUGAUGCUUUUCACACUUUCUUUGCUCUCGCAGCCUUGGGAAUGAUGCACAGAGACAACAAUCUCAAACGACUACAUCCGGUUUUGGCGCUGCCCGCCGACGUUGCCGCUCUGCUCAAAGUUGCAAACUGCGCAUUCGCCGAGACCACAGUGUAA